CAACACUUGGUUUUCACAAAACAGUUUAAUACAAGAAUCAAGAUGGACUCCCAAAACAUGAGCAACAAUGCUGGACAAGCAAAGGGCCAAGCUCAGGAAAAGGCUAACACAGUGAUGGACAAGGCUAGCAAUGCUGCUCAAUCUGCUCAAGAGUCCUUGCAAGAGGUUGGACAACAAAUGCAGGCUAAAGCACAAGGAGCUGCUGAUGCUGUGAAGAAUGCAACAGGAAUGAACAAAUGAAGCUAAAUGGAUAGUUAUGCUGGACUUGGUUUCCAUUGAAAUAAAUCCUGUUGUGCUGAUAUAUUGAUGUAUUUUGCAGAAACAUUAUUCCAUUUUUAUUUUUCAAAUUAAUGUAAUCAUUUUCUAA